AUGGCUGAUCCACAGAGCCAUGGCGAUCAUCCCGAUAAUGGCCACCUUGAUGAAUUCUUUGAGUGGAGGGACUAUUACGCUGAGCCAUUGCCAAACUCUAACGAUGUACCCAACCCCGAGCCGGCGCCGCAGCCAUCGUCAGGCACUGGACACUCUGAUGUUGUGACGCCAUGGGAGGCUUACAAUGGGCAAGAAUCUGAUUUUGGCAUGCCACCUCCAGAUCCGGAUAUUCUAAGAGACUUCGAGAAUCCAAUGAUUGACCCUCAUAUGGCGCCAUCGCAACCCAUCGAGACGAGGAAUGCCCUUUCCCAGCAACAAGUUGAAUUGGCAAAUCCCAACAAUCCAUCUGACGAGUUACAAGAACUCGACCGUCAAAUCGAAAACAUCGAGCUCCGACUUAGUCUUGAGGCGCUCAAGCAGAGACGCCAAGAACUACGCCAGAGAUCAUCGAUAAAACCGCAAACUCCGCUUUCCACUUGUUUUGUUUCUCAAGACAACCAGAAUCCCGGUGCUUUCGGGGGCAGUAUGGUCUUAGGAACUAGUCCAGCUAGUCGUGGUGGAAUGACCAGCGAUAACGGCCAGACAAGUGAUACCUUCUCUACAGAAUUAGCACACACAAGCAGCAAAUAUGCGCGUCAACCUUAUACACAAUCUAUCAACAAUUCUAGCGCUGAUUUUGUUGAUAUGCUAUAUCCUGUUUCUAAUGACCAGCUUGGUGCAACUCCGGUGGACCUUUUAUCGUCCGAAUCCGCCGAUCUUCCGGCCCACAGUGUUCUUGGGCCACCAUAUUCCGACAUCGCCAGCCAGCCACAAUUCGGAGUACAAAGUAUACCGAAUUCUUCCUUAGACCAGCCCUCCAUGAAUCCAGUAUCGGCUGUGCUGCCAGACAGACAGAGUCUAGAUCCAACCCAGUCGGCCUCUACUCCAUCCUUACCCUAUCAAGGGCCUUCUCGCCAGAACCUUAGCAAAACUAACCGCAAGAGACAGCGAUCUCCUGAGGCAAACCAGCACCAAGAACUAUCUGUUAUUCGCCAACUUUCGAAGAGUUCUGGAGUACCCGAACCUCACCUUAGUGUAUUAUCAUUUUGCGAAGGCCCUCCGAUAAAACGCAACCGUACGAAAUCUCAAAAGGAGAAUAGGAAGGAUGUUAUUAAGGCAGGCGGAUCUUGUCUAUAUUGCGUUGUUAACAGAAGAAAGUGCUCCGGUGAACGCCCUUGCGACACGUGCCAACAGUACUGGCAAAACCGAAGUUACGAUUCAACCAAUUUCAGGUGGACUUGUACGAUCAGGUGGAAGUUGACAGAUUAUGACCUAUUCAGUUCGCCCUUAGAUAUGUCACAAUAUCCAUCAGUUUCUGAGAUCAAGUCCAUUUUCAGAGCGCAGAGCGUAACGUCACGGAACAACCUAGUCGCCGUCAUGGAUUGCCUCGAGUAUCAGAGGAUGAGACUCAUAGCGUUGCGUCCCGGCGGCAAUAGCAUCUUGGAUUUGUGGAUUUAUAUUCACGUCACCGUUCAGUGGAAAGAGUCUUUACUCUACUUGGCACCUGAGCUCCGUGAGGCUGUUGGUCUUUUCGAAAAGUGGGAGGUGCAAUUUCUAGCCAUGGUUUUCAGGAUAUUUGAAGAUGCGCAGUCGGUCGACAAGAGAAGUCUCACCUUUAUUCUUAUUCUUAUAUUUGAAGAGGUUCAGCGCCUUGGGUCGACACAAAGACUGGAUGCUACAUUAGCAGACCAGCUACAAAUGGCUAUCAAAAGUCGAUUGCAGGUGUUUUGCACUAGUGUUCUUGAUUUUCUUCCUCCAAAGAAGCCUGGGAAGAAACUCAAAAAUUUGGGGCUGGCGCAGAUGAUUGGCUAUAACAAGGAGACAUCUUGCUGUUUACCACCUCAUUAUCGAGACUCUUCUUAUGUUUAUGGCUUAUUGCAAGAGGUAGAAGGAGCAACACUGCGACAUCUGGACCCCAGUAGCCUGGAUUCUACCUCGUGCCUGCUUAGCCGCUCCAAUAGUACUGAUCGUCACCACGAUACAAAUCGCUGCUGCUGUGGCUGGAUCUCCGAUACCAUACCCGCUGGCAUCUUAAAUUGGUUUGGAUUUUCCUCAAAAAAAAAUUUGCGCUACUUUCACAGCGAAUCUGGAAUCAUGGUCUUGUCUCCUGAGGUUGCUCACAAAAUCAUGAAUACAAUGUUGGGAAGCUGGCAUCUGGACAAUGUGAGCUUGCUACAUAAGAUGACUAUCUUUUAUCAAUCCUUUCGGACCUGUCUGAGGUUUGCUAUUGAGCUCAGCCAAAAAUUCCACAACCUUACAACCACCACACUAUUGCAAGAUCAGCUCCUCGCCCAGGCUGGAUUUCACAGAGAGUUACUGUUCUUUGCUGUGCUUCGAAAAGCUGGCGAAAUCAUGCAUGCCUCUUUUACAUCCAGAGGAGAGGCUUACACUGACACAAAAGACCUCACGAAGGAUCUAUUUGAGUUUAAUGAGUGGGUAAAGAGCAAUCCAAGUGAGCUUGUGGAGGCUUUGCGUGGAAUAAGCACCACUAUGAAAGCCAUUUUAUGGCUGAAGAAGGGCGGUGAUAUAUCGGACCUUACAAUAGCAUCGCACAAGGAAUCCUCACAGGAUUCAGCCGGAUCACUGAAUUCAGAUGUUCGGGAAGUUGGUGCUUGCCCAAAAGGUCGCCAGAAGGAGAUCAACGUGGGUAGUUCUGUUCCCCAAGUUCAAUGCACUGGCGCUGAAGAUGAUUAG